AUGACAUCUGAGGUCUUCAAGCUCAAGGGACUUUCUGAACAAGUCAGAAAUGACUACGUCAGAGGUGCUGAAGAGAAACUAGAGGCACGUCUAGCGCAGGAAGCUGAAGAAAGGGCCAGGAAAGAAGCUGAAGAGAGAGUUGUUGCUGAAGUUGCUGCUAAGGAAGAAGCUAAAAGAGAUGCGGUUGUAGAAGCUGAAGCUAAAGAAAAAGUUGACGCUGAAAAAGUUGCUCGCAUAGCUGCAGAAAAAGUUGUGAAUACAUCUGAGGGUCAAAAUUGGGGUCUUACACAGCUAUCUGAAGAAUUCAGGCUCAGUGACUAUCCUUCUGAAGUAAGAACUCACUGGAACAUAUUUCUUAGGUGGAUGACAUUUGAGGUCUUCAAGCUCAAGGGACUUUCUGAACAAGUCAGAAAUGACUACGUCAGAGGUGCUGAAGAGAAACUAGAGGCACGUCUAGCGCAGGAAGCUGAAGAAAGGGCCAGGAAAGAAGCUGAAGAGAGAGUUGCUGCUGAAGUUGCUGCUAAGGAAGAAGCUAAAAGAGAUGCGGUUGUAGAAGCUGAAGCUAAAGAAAAAGUUGACGCUGAAGAAGUUGCUCGAAUAGCUGCAGAAAAAGUUGUGAAUACAUCUGAGGGUCAAAAUUGGGGUCUUACACAGCUAUCUGAAGAAUUCAGGCUCAGUGACUAUCCUUCUGAAGUAAGAACUCACUGGAACAUAUUUCUUAGGUGGAUGACAUCUGAGGUCUUCAAGCUCAAGGGACUUUCUGAACAAGUCAGAAAUGACUACGUCAGAGGUGCUGAAGAGAAACUAGAGGUACGUCUAGCGCAGGAAGCUGAAGAAAGGGCCAGGAAAGAAGCUGAAGAGAGAGUUGCUGCUGAAGUUGCUGCUAAGGAAGAAGCUAAAAGAGAUGCGGUUGUAGAAGCUGAAGCUAAAGAAAAAGUUGACGCUGAAGAAGUUGCUCGCAUAGCUGCAGAAAAAGUUGUGAAUACAUCUGAGGUUGCUCUGACUCGAGGUGAGUCAUCAACAUCUAAUAUAUCUCCUUUGUUCUCAAGACUCUAG